AUGGGGAAUACGUAUUGUUUGCUCGGAGGUUGUAUUGAUCAAGCAAGCGUUGGUGUAGUCGAACGUUGGGGCCGAUUCGAGCACAUUGCGGAGCCUGGAUGUCAUUUCUUCAACCCUCUUGCCGGUCAGUGGCUCGCCGGAGUUCUCUCCACCAGGAUCAACUCUCUCGAUGUCAAAAUCGAGACCAAAACUAAGGAUAAUGUGUUUGUGCAGCUGGUUUGCUCGAUUCAGUAUCGUGUAGUGAAAGCUGCUGCUGAUGAUGCGUUUUAUGAGCUUCAAAACCCAAGAGAGCAGAUCCAAGCCUAUGUAUUUGACGUGGUUAGAGCUUUGGUCCCUAUGAUGACGCUAGAUGCCCUCUUUGAACAAAAGGGAGAAGUCGCCAAAUCUGUGCUUGAGGAGCUCGAGAAGGUGAUGGGGGCUUAUGGAUACAGCAUUGAGCACAUUCUAAUGGUUGACAUUCUUCCCGAUCCCUCUGUACGCAAGGCCAUGAACGAAAUCAAUGCAGCACAAAGGCUCCAGCUAGCGAGUGUUUACAAAGGAGAAGCAGAGAAGAUUCUCCAAGUGAAGAGAGCGGAAGCAGAAGCAGAAUCCAAGUACUUAGGCGGUGUCGGGGUAGCUAGACAGAGGCAAGCAAUCACAGACGGAUUGAGAGAGAACAUAAUGAACUUUUCUAGCAAAGUAGAAGGCACAUCAGCCAAAGAAGUGAUGGACUUGAUCAUGAUCACACAGUACUUUGAUACGAUGAGAGACCUUGGGAACUCGUCGAAGAACACAACCGUGUUUCUCCCGCACGGUCCAGGACAUGUUAGGGACAUCAGCGACCAGAUACGCAACGGUUUGAUGGAGGCGGCCAGUGCUAAUGUCAGUGACGCCUAG